UUAGAAUGGGCACGCGCUCUAUAAACUCCAUGUUCGUUCUUCAGGCAUUUCAAAUGUAUCUGGAUCGUUCAGCCUCCUGUUGAAAUAUUUGCCCUGUUAUUCUUAGGACGUGUUUUCUGGAUUUGUUUCAUUAUCCAGGCAGCAGUGUUUGUGCCAUACAUUCUUAUUUCUUUUACUUCAUAUUGGGACUUGAAUAGUGACACGCUUGUCUACCGGCAGCGCGCAUCCGUCAACCGGACCCGAAAAUUGGCCUGCUUGUCAGCCUAGAAGGAAAAAAUGAGGAAAGACUCAGCAAGAGAAGAGUGGGAUAACCCCACGCAAUUUGUUCUAGCGUGUGUCUCAUACGCCGUUGGAUUGGGGAAUGUGUGGCGUUUUCCAUACCUGUGUCAAAUGCAUGGAGGAGGUGGGUUCCUCAUACCAUACAUAAUUAUGUUGGUCCUGGAGGGGGUGCCUCUGUUCUACAUGGAGCUAGCCAUUGGCCAGAAGAUGCGUCUGGGCAGCAUUGGAGCAUGGAGUGCUAUUAGCCCAUAUCUGGGGGGAGUGGGUCUGGCCAGUGUUGUGACUUCCAUGUACCUGUGCCUCUAUUACAACGUCAUCAAUGCAUGGAGUUUCUGGUACCUCUUCCAUUCAUUUCAGUCGGUCCUGCCCUGGGCAGAGUGCCCAGUUAACAGCAAUAUGACCGGUCCUAUAGAGGAGUGUGAGCGUGCUACUCCUACUCAGUACUUCUUCUACAGAGAGACCCUGGACAUCUCUGGGUCCAUCAAGGAGAAUGGAGGAAUUCAUACCGGACAGGCGGUCUGCCUUCUGCUGGCUUGGGGGAUCGUCUACUUGUUUAUUGUCAAGGGUGUCAAAUCUACUGGGAAGGUGGUGUACUUUACAGCCACCUUCCCCUACUUGGUCCUCAUCAUCUACCUCAUUCGUGGGGUCACCCUUCAUGGAGCCAUCAAUGGUGUAAUGUAUAUGGUCACGCCCAAGAUGGAACAGCUAGCCAACCCCACAACUUGGAUCAACGCAGCCACUCAAAUCUUCUUUUCUCUGGGCCUGGGCUUUGGAUCCCUCAUUGCAUUCGCAAGCUUCAACCAGUACAACAACAACUUUGAGAAGCAGGCAAUCGUUGUGUCCAUGAUCAACAGUGGCACUUCCAUCUUUGCCAGUGUGGUCACUUUCUCCAUCUACGGCUUCAAGGCCACCUUCAAUUACGAGAGCUGCCUUGAGAGGUUGCGACUGCUACUCCUCAACACAUUUGAUAUAGCAGAAGAUGCUAUCAGUCUGGAGAAUGUACACCAAUGGAUUGCUGAGCUGAACAGGACACAACCAGAACAGUUUACCAGUCUGCAAGACAGGCUAGAGAUAUGUGACCUAAAGGCUGAGCUAGACACGGCUGUUGAAGGCACAGGCUUGGCCUUUAUAGUGUACAGUGAGGCCAUUAAGAACAUGCCUAUUUCUCAACUGUGGUCUGUGCUCUACUUCAUCAUGUUACUGCUACUGGGCAUGGGUAGUAUGCUAGGCAACGUCAUCGCUGUUAUCACUCCCAUCAGUGACUUGAAGUUCUUCAGCCGCUAUAUGAGCACUGAGACACUCAACGGUCUGGUAUGUUUGUUUUGCCUGCUGCUUGGUCUGGGCUUCACCACUCGCUCCGGUAACUACUGGUUUACCAUGUUCAAUGAUUAUGGAGCUACUUUCUCUCUGCUCUUCAUCGUCCUCAUUGAAGUCAUCAGCGUCUGCUACAUCUAUGGCAUCAGCAGGUUUGAAAAAGAUGUAGAGGACAUGUUAGGUCAUCGUCCUAACUGGUACUGGAAGAUCAUGUUGGCCGGAGUCAGUCCCAUCCUCCUCAUUGCACUGUUCAUUUUUUACAUGGUCAACUACAUCCAGGGAGGGUCUCCCACAUACCAGGCCUGGGACAAAGAACUGGGGAAGUCUGUGGUGCUCGAGUACCCACCCUAUGCCCAAGCUUUCAUUGGCCUCCUCCUCGUCUCCUCUGUCUGCUGUAUCCCGCUGAUGGCUUUGUACACCUACUGCAGGAAGAGAAACCCGGCCACUGGGAAGAGAGAGCGCACCAUUAGCACUGUGUCAGCAUAAAAACAGACACAUGGGGAGAAAGUGACACAAAGAGCUGCUACAAUAUGGCUCUGAGACUAACUGGACCUGCAAGUUUCAAUAUUGACCGAUCAAUAUCCCCUCGUAUGUAUCAUGGCCCUCAGAACAGUACCUCUUUAUCCUGGCAUCAGAGACACAAGAUCUCUUUAUCACUGGGGCUGUCUCAUCUACUUUCCCUUUACAGGAGAGUGACAGACUUGUACAAAGCAUUAGGCCUAGCUGUCCUUCAGCAUCGUGAAAGCUUGGGACAAGAAGGUGCUAUUUUCAAAAAUAGGAUUGUAUAGUUGGCUUUUAAGCCAUAACUCAAAUACGUCAAUGUACUUAAAACUCUGAGUCAGUAAUGGACUGUUUGUCAGUAUUCACACCUUUCUCUCAGCAUAGAGCUAAAGUCAAUGAUUACACUGGGCCAUGUGCCCAUCACCCCUACUGCAGCACUAUUAUAUAUUAAAUAUAACUUUGUGAAAUAAGAUGGCAGAUUUAUGGUUAAAGGUUUUGUCAUUAUGAACAUAUAUUCGUGAAGCCCAUCCCUUGACAUGAUGUGACAUACAUUUUCUGUAAUUUUGUUUUAUUGCCAGAAGGAUCAUACUUUGGUAUUAGCCUUACCGUUUUAUAUUUCUUGUUCAAUUCAAUUUGACAUUUUAUUCAUUUAGCAGACAUUCUUAUCCAGACCAACUUCAGAAAGUAAAUUAUUCUUAAGACAGCUAGGUGGGAAAAAACACCCAACCUAGUAAUAACACCCAGUAAUAACUGUGCUCCAUUUUGUUUUGUGACUAUGACUUCUCAAGAAUUUAAGUAUGUUUUGCUUUAUCCUAAUUGCUGUUACUGGUGUUGUUUAGAUUGAUUGACCUAUUGAAAUUUAGUGGUCUCUUUCACAUUGCCCAUUUCAUCCUUGUUGUUGUACUAGCUGAUUGCCCAGUACUUGUGACUGUGGACUUGGUUUAGUUUCAGUCCAAUUUGCAGUAUUGCACCUAAUUUAUCCAGGUAUCACUAGGGGUGUGGCCUUAAUCCCUUCCCUCCUCUUGCAAAUCCGUGGGGGUGUCUCUUCUGUUGUGGCUGGCAAUUAACAAUCGCUCUCAGUAUUUCAGUGCCUGUGGUUUUUCAGCGGCAGCUGACAGUGGCCAUCUUGUAAGCAGCUGUGUUCUUACUGGAAUGAAGACUUGCUGAAACAAAGACGGUCUGACCAGUUGUUCUGCUGGAGUUAGUUGGGGAAGGAUAGAGAGGAAGGCCUUAAUAUAAAAUUUUGUAAGCUUUUUUUUGUUGCUAAGUAUGUUUUUGUUUUCCUACACGUAAAACCAAUGUGGAAUCCCUGGUUUCUGGCAGCCUCCGGAAUUGCCAAUCUGCUGUCAACAAAGCAGACUUCAUCUCAGGCAAUGCGCUUAAUCUUAUCCUCGCAAGAUAUCGUAACCCAGCUGAUCUUACUGCAGCUCCACUCCAGGUCUCUGAUCACUACUUUGUUUCAUUCUCUAUCCCUCUGCUGACUCAACUUCUUCCCAGAUAGUAAUGCGUAAUCUUCAUUCCCUACCUCCCUCUACUCUCUUUUCUGUUUUAUUAUCUCUCCCUUCUACCAACUCCUUUUGCCUCCUGUCUCCUGAGUCCGCCUCCUCAACCCUACGCUUCUCUCUUUCCACCCCUUGGACUAUCUCUGUGCCUUGUCCUCUCAGCCAACUCUUUGUCUCCCCUCUCUUCAGACAAAGUCUUGUGUCUAGUGAUGUCUGGGCAUCCAACAACCUGUCCUCUUGACCUUAUCCCUUCCUCCCUUCUCCAGAGCAUCUCUGUAGACCUUUUACCUUACCUUACUUUCCUCAUCUACUCCUCCCUAUCCUCUGACAGUGUUCCCUUCCGACUUCAAGUCAGCUCGUGUUGCCCCCCUCCUGAACAAACCAACUCUUAAUCCCUCUGAUGUCCAGAACUACAGACCGUUAUCCCUUCUUCCUUUUUCCCCCUUUUUAAAUAACUCUCUUUUUAUCUGUCCCAGAACAAUCUUCUGGACCCUAACCAAUCAUGUUUCAAGACAGGUCACUCGACUGAGACUGGUCUUCUGUCUCACAGAGGCUCCCCGCACUGCCAAAACAAACACUCUUUCCUCUGUUCUUAUCCUCCUGGAUCUUUCCUCUGCCUUUGACACAGUAACCCACCAGAUCCUCCUCUCCACACUCUCAGUGUGUUGGGGGUCUCAGUUGCUGCCCACUCUUGUUUUGCAUCCUACCUGGCAGACCGCUCCUACCAGGUUGCAUGGAGCGGGUCUUUGUCUGUGCCACAUACUCUCACUACUGAUGUACUCCAGGGAUCAGUCCUUGGCCCACUCCUCUUUUCUCUCUACAUAAGGUUACUUGGAACUGUCAUAUCCACACGUGGCCUGUCCUAUCAUUGCUACACCGAUGACACUCAGCUAUUCUUAUCAUUUCCCCCUUCUGAUUCCCAGGUUGCAACACACAUACCUGCAUGUCUGGCAGACAUCUCAGCUUGGUUGUCAGCCCACCACCUCAAGCUUAACCUUGAUAAGAAGGAGCUGCUCUUGCUCCCGGGGAAGGCCUACCCGCUCCAAGAUCUGUCCAUCAUGGUUGACAACUCCACUGUGGUCACUUUCCAGAGCUCAAAGAACCUUGCCGUGAAACGUAUUAUCUGCAAACAUCAAAGCAGUGACUUGUUCUUGUAGAUUCAUGCUUUACAACAUCCGCAAAAUCCAACCCUACCUUGCACAGGAAGCGGCUCAGGUUCCGAUUCAGUAACUCUCCUGUCUGGACUAUUACAACGCACAGUUGGUUGGGAUCACCAUUUGUGCCAUCAAGCUCCUGCAACUUAUCCAGAGUGCUGCUGCCAGUCUUUUGUUCAACCAUGCCAAAUUCACCCAUGUCACCCAUUUACCCACAGCACCUCCCUACCUGCAGGCUAUCGCUUGAACCCUACAACCCUUCCCAUGCCCUCUGAUCUGCCACUUCAUGUCUUCUGGCCACCCAAACCUCAUGGGUGGGCAGCUUCCGCUCAGCAAAAACUGGCAAAACUCUUCUCUGUGUUGGCACCUCAAUGGUGAAACAAACUUCUCCUUGAAGCCAGGACAGCAGAAUCCCUGCCAAUCUUUUGAGAACAGCUGAAGAUCUACAUCUUUGAUGAGUAUCUUAAUAAACUUGUGUAUCCCCCCCACCCCCACCACCCUAAUUUAAACUGAAGGAAAAUGUAUUCAUUAUGAUUGUCAGAUGUUGUU